AUGGCUAACUGGGCAGAUCUCCCAAAAGAUCUACUAGCUUCCAUUGCCAGACGUCUCAGUGACAUCGAAGAUUUUAUUAGGUUUCGCUGGGUGUGCUGCGCAUGGCGGUCUGUUGCAAUGAAGGAGAAAUACUUGCAGCUCCCCUGUUUGGUACUAUCAGGGAAGAAGGAAAGCACAGAUACCCUUUGCUUGUUCAGCCUUCCCAAGGGAAAGCGCUAUGAAUUCAAACUCCCCAAUGCUUCUAAGUGUCGAUUCUUUGGAUCUGUUCACGGUUGGCUAUUAGUCAAUGGCGUUAAGACUGAGGAAGUCCACUUGUUAAAUCCCCUCACAGGAGUUCGAAUCCGACUUCCCAACAUUAUAGACAAAGACUUCAACACCAAGGAACGCGGCUACUGGAUAAAGAAAGCAACCCUAUUCAAGACUCCUCCUGGUUGUUCUGAUAAUGAGGAGGACAUCGUAGUUACCAUGAUUUUCUACAAGACAAACGCAAGAAGAUGGCCGCCGGAUGGCUCUGCAAUCAUAGAGUGGAUUUCCAUAGAUGCUUUUGGGAGGACGAAGAGUUUGGUUCCUACAGGACCUCCUGGAGACAAAGUGUGGACCUCCAUUGAAGCCCCACGUAAGCGUUGGUACGAAGAUAUCAGAUAUUUCAAGGGGCAGCUCUACGCCCUCACCAGGACCGGAGAACUCGACCUCUGUGACACAACAAAAAACGUUGAGUUUGCUCCCGAACCAGUUCAGAAACAAGGCAGCUCUUUUGUUGAACCUGUAGCUGAGAAGUACUCAAGAUAUGAUAGUAUUUUGGUGAGGAGGUACCUGGUAGAAUCUUUAGGAGAGCUGUUGAUGGUCAUGCAUUUUCGAGCUUAUAAUCCAUUUUGUCAGAAGAUAUCAAAGUUUGAAGUGUACAGAAUGGAUUUUGGGACUAGGAGGUGGGUGGAAAUAGAAGGCUUGAGUGACCGAAUUCUGUUAAUGGGUGAUGAUUAUUGUGUGUCUCUGUGGCCGUCGGACUUGCCUUCUGCAAAUUUCCGAGGCAAUUGCAUCUAUAUCAUUGAUAAACACCAGAAAAGGGAUACGAAUAAUGAAAUAAGUAUCUACGAUAUGGCCAAUGGGAAGUUGCAAUCUCGAAAGGAUCCACAAUCAGUUCUUUUGAACAGCAUCACUUGGCUUAUGCCAGACCUCUAA